UCAACUUGGCUGCCACGCCUCACACCUCGCGCUGUCGAAAAGGCCGAAAGCAUCGCAAAAAUGCUUGACGAUGGACUCACCUUCAUGUAUAUGUGUGGGCAAAGUUGAGCAAAAUAGCCAUGGGAUCCGAAGUUGCUCCCGCCUCAGUGAUUCGCCAGGCUUGCAAGCUCUUUCCCAAUGCCGAAAUACAGUCGUUCUAUGGAUCCAGAGAGACCACUGUUAUCGAGGCAGUAUCCAUUUUUUGCCUUAUACCGGGUCAUAUGGAUGAACCUAUUCGGCCCGUCUACAAGAUCAUGAAUCCCAAGAUUCGGUGCCUACUCUUUGACGAGCAUGGGAACUUUGUUGACCGACGAUUCUUCAAGAGCGGAAUCCUGGUCUUUGCUGUCGAUCCCGACCAUCCCGUCAAAAACCACCCCAGCUUUCUCAGCGCCGACCCACACGACAAGUUGGCUUCCUUUGGAUUUCUCGGCGAUGGUUCGCCUCGUGUCUGUACCAUGGACUGGGUCGAGAUGGUCAGCGAUACCGAGUUCAUCGUGAUUGGAAGGUCCGAUCAGAAAGUCAAGGUCAAUGGGGUCUAUAUCGACCUCAGCGCCCUCGAAGAAAUCAUUUCUCAGCACUUGAGUCAUGUCAUCGCCAACUGUGCAUUUGUCCAGACCUCCGAGCAGCGCACUGUGAUGCUCUAUGUCCCUGCCAUCGGCUCCCGUCCGCAAACGAGUCCCGGCGAUGUCCUCAUCAUGUGCGAGGAGCUCUUUGCCCUCGUGAACGUUGCCCAGUUCCCGAUCCACAACUGUCUGGAGCUGGAGCGGCUUCCCCUCAACGACUCGGGCAAGCGCGAUCUCAAGCAACUCAAGCUCAUUGCCGAGAAUGGCGACCAGCGCACAAAGUCGAUUGUGUAUCCAUGCCUUCAAUCAAUCAAUACUCCACUGUCCCGCACUGCCGCCAAGAUAUCCACACUUGGUAGCCAGAUCCUCGACAACCCUGCCCUCGACGGCCGCAACUACUACAUCGGCGGUGUCGGCUUUGACUCGCUGAGUGUCGUCCGUCUGGCCCUCGCCAUCAAGAACGAGUUUGAUGCUGAGAUCUCGCCGAUGAUCCUCCUGUCGAACGGAAUGACGCCGACUGAUGUCGCCCAGCUGGUUGUCGACAUCCAAGCGAGCAGACCGGGGACUCUGCCGAUUGUCGAUCUGGCUCAGGAGGUUGCACGGCUCGACGAUGCGAGUGUGACGGCUGAGGGUCUCCCUCCGUUUGUGUUUCCCGAGCCGUUCGAAGGGAUUGUGCUGACUGGUGCCACUGGGUUCCUCGGCGCAUUCCUGCUGUAUGAGCUAGCCCACAAAUUUCCCAGUGCCAAGAUCUACUGCCUGGUCCGAGCCCCGACCGAGCAGGUGGCUGUCGAGCGCAUCAUCAGCACGGCUCAGAAGUUGGUCCUCGAUCCGAGCCAGAGAGCCUUCCUUGACCACAACCUCAAGUCUCGACUCGUUGGACUGUGCGGCGAUCUGUCGAAGAACAAGUGGGGACUCUCGGACGAGCGAUGGAAGGAGAUCAGCGAGGAGACCGACAUGAUUGUCCACUGCGGCGCCGAGGUCCACUGGCUGUUUGACUAUCUCCAGCUCAAGGGACCCAACGUCCUCGGCACAGCGACGGCACUGAGACUGGCCACAACCCACCACCUGAAGCCGCUGCACUACAUCUCGACCAUCGGCACGAUCCCGAUGGCCAAGAAGGCAGACAAGCCGCUCGAGGAGACGAUCUACUCGGCCUGGAACAUCUCUGGCGGCUAUUCGCAGACCAAGUGGGUCUCUGAGCAACUGAUCAACAAGGCACGAUCGAGGGGAGUGCCAGUGACGAUCAUUCGUCCAGCCGUCAUUGCUGGCGACAGCCAGUACGGAGUGUCCAACUCUGAUGACUACAUCUGGCGAUAUGUCAAGGGAUGCAUUCAGCUCGGCGUUGCUCCCUCGCACGCCACUCCUGUCACGAUGACCAUGGAUCCCGUCGAUCAUGUCGCUCAAGCAAUUGCGGCCAUCGCAGGAUCCAGGGUGGCUAUUUUCAAGUUUGUGUUUCACAUCAGCGACUCGGAGAACAGUCUCAUUUCUGAAAACAGUCUCUUUGAGAUCAUCAAUACCUUUGGCUGGAGAGUUGUACACGAGACUCGAGAGCAGUUCAAGUUUCUUCUCCGUACCCAUCCAUUGAUCGAAAACGACAUCCUGCUCACACUCAUGCACAUCAUGAUGGUCAUGUCUUUUCAAAUCGACAACAGAAAUACCCGUGCAAUCUAUUCGAAUUCGAGUCCUCCAGCAAGAAAGCAGAUCAAACGUUGCUUGAAGUACUUGAUUCGAGCAGGUUUUCUCUCCCCGCCACUCCAGCCAGUUCCACAGCUCGAGGGUGUGGAGCAAGGGUAUCCCGAAGGCAGCGUCUUUGGCCGUACUGGCCGCAACUGACUAUCAGUUUGGGCGGGAUGAUUUGUUAGUUUGCACCAUUUUCUGAUAUGUUUGUUCAGUUUCUGCCGGAUCGGCAGCAUACAUGUGCAAGCCAUGGACCCGAUCCCGCGACGGCAACAGGCAAUUAUGAACCCAAUCGCUCGAGCGGGCUGAAAGAAUGGAUGAAAAUGUGGGGUGGCAUUAGAUUUGUGUGAAUGG